AUGCGUUUUCUGGCCAUAAACUGUAACCCACCGGUCGAUAAAAAGUACCCACUUCUGAUUAGCAUUCCACGAAACUUGGACGUAGAAAACUGUACUGAGUAAGUUAUGACUUUUUACCUUACGACUGACCCUCAAGGCAGUAAAAAGUCUUGUCGUCUUUGCAAUUGUGAGGCAAUAAUAAUUGACGACAAAACUUUUUGGUUUUUUAAAAUUUUUUAUUGCAAAAUUAAUUUCAGCUCAUACAAGCUCAAAGUCAAAAUAGGCGAUUGCAUGUUUUACUUUGAAAUGUUCUGCGAUAUGCAUUACUGUAAGUUUUUAGUACUAUUUUUAAAAAUCUUGAAGGACAACUCAUAAUCUUAAAAAAUUUCAGUCUUUGAAGGCCACUUAGAAUAUACAAGAAGAAUUCAAUCAGAAGAUCAUGUUCACAUUGUAGUUAACCUGCAAUCAAUGGAUUGCUACGAGCAUGGGUUCAGAAACCUGUUAAAUCGGCCAUUUGACAUUGAAUUACAAAUGACUGAUUAUCAAUCCGGCUUCCUUUUUCAAGUUGUACGUUUUUACAGCAAGUUUUUAUAAAAAAAAUUUUUGCCAGUUUUUGCUUUGUAAAGAAAGUUCUUGCCAGUUUAUGUUUAGUGAAAAAAAAGUUUUUGAUAUACGUUUUGUAAAGAAAUUUCUUGCCAUUUUCUGAUCCGAAGCCUUUAGAUGGCCUUUUGUUAUUGUAAUUUCAAUUUUCAGCCGUUCCUGUACAUUGGCUAUGAUGAAGACACUGAAUAUUUUGAACUGAUACUGGUUCUGUAAGUUUUUUUUCGAAAAAAUCAAUUCUAAAAUCAAAAACUUUGAACGAAGCUAUAAUCAAGACUAAUAUAAAAGUUUUUAAUAUUAGUUUGUUCAUUUAAUUCUGUGCCCCAACCCCAACAAUUUGCUUUGAAGGAGUACAGAAUUAAGUGAACCACCUCAUACAAACUUUGGCAUGAUUUUUUGGAACUGCCAUGCCCUGCAUAAAUUUCUUUCAGAAUCAUCACCCUUCUGAUGCUCCUAAUCCCGGUAGUCGUAAUAGUGGCUUUGAAGAUUCGCAAACGGUCAAAACGAGCCAAACGAGAAAGCAAGUCAUCAGAACCGACUCCAGAUAGCCCUGAAGAAAAUAUCAAACCAGCUGAAAACAAAAUAGAAUCUAAAGAAGAGACCAAACCAGGGAAGGAAGUGGACGAACGGAUCACUGAAACGACAGAACAUUCGACCGUUAACACCGCUAAAACUACUGGAACUUAA